UUUGUGGUGCAUUCAUUGAUAAUUUGCCGAAGCACUGAGACUCCAAACAGGCGCACACCUCCCAGUGAAGGGUUAACUCUUUGCUGCUUGCUUUCGAGGCACCUGUUUCUUUCUGUCGAUUGCAGAAAAGCGACCAGGCGCAAGACUGGAUCAAUAUUUGUACUGCCUUAUAAAGGACCCUACCCACAUUCAUUCAAUAAGGAUGGAUGCCUAUUCCAUUAGCGAACAAAGCGAAUCCAUGAUUCACGCGGGUCAAGAAGGAAGCGCGGCCAAUGCACUCCAAUUGUUCCCAUUUAAUUAAGGUAAUGGGAAGCGCCCGGGCAGCCAGCCCCCCUCUGCGUCAGCAAGAGGAGCUGCUGGGCGAUGGUGUAGGCAGCAGGUUCCCGAGCCUGCAGAGGCAUUUCCCCGCGGAUCCCGUCCCCCCGCCCGCCCGCCCCUAUUGAUCACUGUCCCCGUCCAGUCCGUCCUCCGCGCGCGCUCUUGGCGCACAGCAAAGUUGCCCUUUCCCAGCCUCGCAGCUGCUUCGGCGCGGAGCCCUCCAGCAGCGCCAGGCGAGGGGCGGGCGGGCGGGCGGGCGAUCGCGGCGUCCUCAGCAGCAGCAGCCGCAGCCGGGAAGGUAGCACCGGCUCCGGAGGGAGGGAAGGAGGACGCAGGACGCACCAUGCAGCUGUGCCGGGGCCGCGCGUUGGGCAUCUCGGUGGCGGUGGCGCACGGGGUGUUCUCGGGCUCGCUCAACAUCCUGCUGAAGUUUCUCAUCACCCGCUACCACUUCGCCUUCCUGACACUGCUGCAGUGCCUGACCAGCUCCACGGCGGCGCUCAGCCUGGAGGUGCUGCGGCGACGGGGCGCCCUGGACAUGCCGCCCUUCGGCUUCAGCCUGGCGCGCCUCUUCGCCGGGGUCACGCUGCUCUCCACGCUCCAGUCCAGCCUCACCCUCUGGUCCCUGCGCGGCCUCAGCCUGCCCAUGUACGUGGUCUUCAAGCGCUGCCUGCCCCUCGUCACCCUCCUCAUCGGCGUCCUGGUGCUCAAGAACGGCAUCCCCUCCGUCGGGGUCUUGGUGGCCGUCCUCAUCACCACCUGCGGGGCGGCUCUGGCAGGUGCGGGUGACCUGACUGGUGAUCCUAUUGGGUAUCUGACUGGAGUGCUGGCUGUGCUGGUGCAUGCAGCCUAUUUGGUACUCAUUCAAAAGACGAGUGCAGAUAGUGACUAUGGGCCCCUUACGGCCCAGUAUGCCAUUGCUGUUUCUGCCACACCUUUUCUCAUCAUCCUCUCCUUUGCCAGCAUGGAUGCCAUCAAUGUCUGGUCCUUCCCAGGAUGGAAAGAUCCUGCCAUGACUUGCACCUUUAUUGUGUGUGUCGUGAUUGGCUGUGCCAUGAAUUUUACCACUCUCCACUGCACCUACAUCAACUCGGCUGUAACCACCAGUUUCGUUGGGGUCGUGAAGAGCAUCGCAACCAUCACGGUCGGGAUGGUGGCUUUUAGCGACGUGGAGCCUACAAAGCUGUUUAUAGCUGGUGUGGUGGUAAAUACCAUAGGCUCCAUCAUUUAUUGUGUAGCCAAGUACAUGGAAACGAGAAAGCAGAGUCAUUACGAAGACUUGGAGAAGGAAAUGAGGGAAGAGGAGAAGAAAGAAUGUGAUGGAGAACAGCCGCCUUUUGUAAUGGAGGAGAUCUCCAAGGACACAGAGCAUGGGGAGACACCAAUGGGGGAGUCAGCAAAUGGAAGUGACCAGCAAAGCACAGAGGAGAAGGACAGCAUAGUGGGACAAGGAAAUGCGCCUACUGUCACUGAUGGUGGCAACUCUGAAGGAGUUACCAACAGCUCAUUAAAGGAUGCCUACCUUGGAGUAUGGAGGUUGGUUAGGGGGGCUAAUUAUAUGAAGAAAGAUUACCUAGUAGAGAAUGAGGAGCUACCAAGUCCUUGAAGAAUAAUUUAUUAGCAAAUAAUCAAGGAUAUGUGCAUUGUUUUCCUUGUGGUGGGAGUACAGAAGGACAGAUGCUUUCAUAUGUUCACAGACAAAUCUUAAUUGUUUAUUAGCAAGAUUUUACCUCAUUCUGAAGGAACAAAGGCACCAUGGUCAUGCUUAGAUUCAGUGAAAUCCCAUUUUUGUGUGGACUUUCACUGAAAUCAAAAUCUCUGAGAUCAAAACCAGGCCUGGACCACCAAGCAGGUGCCCCCGCCACACACCACAGCUUGCUUUGCUUCAACUUGAUUGAAUUAAUAGUGUGUCCCUCUUUAAGUACUCUCUGAAGUACUAAUGGAAUUACUCUCAGCAGUUAAAAGCAUGAGACCCAAAAGCAAAAGCUAAAAAGAUUUGUCCAAAAGGUAAUUCAAAAGGAACUAUCACUGGAUUCUCUGUGGUUUGAAAGCUAAAUGAAUGGGAAGUGCAAAAACCGUGAGUCAUCUCACGGAUCCCACUUGCCAUCUUCCAGAUAUACUGCAAGUCCCGCCCCUAUGUGGACAGCCCUUGCAGUGAAUGAAUGGAAGUAAGAUAAUAAGAUCUUCCUGAUAAUUGGGCACCAUCCCACUUUCUCUCUGCCUAUUCUGCCUUUGCUGACAAGAUGAGAGAGGUGUGGGAGGUGGACUGAGGCUUCUAUAUCCCAGCUGGCCUCAACUUUCUCAACUAGUCUAUUUUUAGUUAACAUUCAUGGUAACAGGCAAACUCAGUGUGUUCAAAAAUACUUUGUGCACUGGAGAGUUCGGAAGUCAUGUAUUAUUUUAAAAUGUAUUUCCAGUGCAGGAUUGUUGAAAGAAUAAACCACUCUGAGGGUCCCCCCCCUCCUUACGAUCUACAGGUAUAUAAAUUUAUGAAAUAAAUGAAUAAACAUAAGCCAUCUGUCCCCAAACUGGUGCCCUUCAGAUGUUGUUGGACUCUAACUCCCAUCAGUUCCAGUUAGCAUGGCCAAUGAUCAGAAUUGAUGGGAAAUAUAGACCAAAAUAUAUGGGGGACACCAGGUUGAGGGAAUGUGGACAUAAAAAGUCCACCUAGUACAGCAUCCAACCAGAUGCAUUCAGGAAGUGUACAAGAAGGUCUUGAAGGGAACAGCCUCUUCCACGGUUGCUGUCAGGUGAUAUUCAACAGCACACUGUUGCUGAAAAUUGAGGCUGUUGUACAGCCAUUGGCAAAACAAUCCUCCAUUAAUCUGCUGAAUUCCCCUUUCAAAGCCCUCUGUGCUAGCAGCCAUCAACAAACGUUGUGAUAGUGAAUGUUAUACAUUAAUGAUGUGUGGUAUGAAAAAGUACUUUCUUUUGUCUUAUAACAGAAGCAUUAUAAGGUGACUUGGGGCUGCAUUCAAAAGGAAAGUUUGUAGAAAGGAGUUGAUGAGGUCAGGUGUGAGGGGCAGGGAUGGGGUGGGGUGAGGCAGUGGCAGUGAGACCGCCCCCACCACCAGCCCAGAGCUUCUCUCAACCUUCCCCAAGCAGCAAGUUAUAAAUCGAGGCAAUCUUCUCACACAUCCAAGUCCCAGCAGCCUUAAGCUGAAUUGAGUUCCUCUUAUCCACCUGAAUGCUACUCAAGAGCUGAAUGGGUAACAAGAAAAUAUUGAUAUGGUCAGCCUCCUCUUAACAUAUGUAUCUACUAGAAAUUAUUUUUACACACACACACACACACACACACACACACACACUUGCCUCAACACAUCAGCCUUGUUUGCACUAAACAAAAUGUGUUUCUAACUCAUAGCAGGGUUGGGGUUGCAUGUGUAAGCCUUGAGUUCAUGGAUAGUGGCUGUAGCAAACUGAAGUAUCUGGAAGCACAUUUUACUGCUUCAGGCAUUGGCCUGGUUUGCACAACAUGGUAAGCCAAACUAUGGCUUAUUGGGGCUGUGUGAACAUGUAGGCUGCUGCAAAAGAGCUCACAAGUCUACUUUGCUCCUCAAUUAUUAUAAUUUCUUUACUCCUGCACUAAGCUAAGCCAAGGUUUAUCAUCAUCAUCAUCAUCAUCAUCA